AUGCCCAUCCAAACGCCCCACAGAGGCCCCCUGCAGCAUGCGGUAAAGCAGGACAUGCCUUGCGUGGGGCCGCACAAAGGAAGGGAUCGGCCCAUGUGCUGGCGGAUCUCUUGCGACCCAGGUUUCGACCUGCCGGGGGACGACGAGGGCCCGCCGGGCAGCAGGUAUACCGUGACCUUCACCCCCGGCCAGGUGAAGCGCUUGACCUGGGAAAAGAUCGACGAGAAGCCGGAGCCACCGAAGGACACCGGCGUGUACCAGCUGCUUGGCUCCUGGUCCGAAUUCGAGCCAGUCGACAUGUCCUCGGACCCCUCCAGGCCUGGCCUCUACUUCGCAGAAGCCCAGUGCAGUGGGUCGAGCAUGCAGUUCCACUUCCUGAGAAACGAGGACCACUCGCAGAACAUCUGCCCUGUGGUCGAGGGGCGCGGAUACGGCAGCCUUUACAGCGCCGUCGCGCCUGUGGGGCACCAGAGCCCCGGGAGGUAUUGGAACAUCGAUGCCGAAGAUGGCGAGGUGUACAGAAUCGAGCUGUACAGGUCGCCGGAGGACUUUUCGGACCUGUCCGUCAGCUGGCACAAGGUCAGUGGAAAGUAG